AUCCAACUGUACAUACACCCAAUAAUUGUUUAUCAUUUUGAAAAAUCGUGUGUGCGCGCGAAACUUUGAAUAUUCAGUGGUGCAGGAUUCUUCGGUUAAUUGGUGAUUCUUGUGGAUUUUGGUGGAGUUCUGUGGUGCAUGGAGACCCGGGGGACCAAGUGGUACCAGGGGGAUACUGGUCAAGCUCCGGAUCACACGUGGAGGAAACCCGGUGCCCUUCAUUGACCCAAGCCAAGUGAUUUUCAGUGCCAAAAAAAUUGUGUGGGAAAUUGUGAGAAUUUUUGUGAAAGUGAGAGAAAACUGGUGAUCGUCGGAGCGCAGGUCAAGACACAUCGUGACCGAUGAUAGAUAAUUCAUCGAAGAGGCGUAUUAAACGUGUAAAUAAUACGUUUAAUAAAACAAGGUGGCUUCGACGGGUGUAAAUAAGUCAAAAAGAUGUCGAGCACCGCGGAGAGUCCCGACGGUGGUAUGGCACUGCAGUCACAUUAUUCACUGCGAUGGAACAAUCAUCAGACACACAUACUACAGGCAUUUGAAGCACUUCUGCAUGCUGAAAUACUCGUCGAUGUCACUCUCGUGUGCUCAGACAGCAGUAUCAGGGCGCACAAGGUCGUCCUCAGUGCCUGCAGUCCUUUCUUCGAGAGGAUAUUCGCUGAGCACCCGUGCAAGCACCCGGUGAUAGUCCUGAAGGACUUUCCAGGUCGUGAGGUUGCCGCCCUGAUUGACUUCAUGUACCGGGGUGAAGUGAGGGUAGGCCGUGAAGAGCUGCCCGGUCUGAUGCGAGCUGCUGAGAGUCUUCAGGUGCGUGGUCUAGCGUCGUCAGAGCCCCGGCCUGCAUCACCACCAGAUACACCAGUGGAAACACCAACAGAUCUGGGUGAUCGAUUGAGCCCGGAAGCUGACAACGAUCCAGAUAUCGAUUCUGUUCAACGCGAGUCUCGAACGAUGUAUCCGAGGGAACGCGAUCGUCUACCGCACAUGGGCCACCUGAAUUUCUCCCUCCGAGAUCUGAGGGAGUCCUGCAAUUCACCACUUCUACCUAGACGAAAGCAGGCACGACCUCGACGAAGAUCCGGUGAGUUAAUACCCCAGGAUCUCUCCCGACCCCAUCCACCAGCGAGUCUUAGCCCACCACCUAGUGGUCUCAAUUUGACUGGUGCACUUCCCGUUAAUCCAAGUCAACCAACGGCCAGUCAAACACCAGGUCAAUCACAAUCGGGUCCACCCCAACCACCGUGCACCCCAACCCAACCAAAUUCAUCAUCAACGCCGACAAAUCGAGAAGAGACAGCUGAGAAUCUAUCGAUGAAGCGUUCGUUAUCACCGGGUUUACCCUCUGAGCACGGCAUCAAGACUGAGAGUGAAGCAGCGAGCAGUCCACGUGGAUCACCCCUAACUGGUACGAGUCUCCAUCCUGAUGGCUCACUCCAGGAUUUACCCGCACCGGGUUUACCAUCAAUGUCACUGUCACUGACACCACCCCACCAUCCAAGCGAGUACCUGACAUCACUCGGCCAAUUUGCCGCACAGUGGCUGCCAAAUCAUCAGAGCCAAAUGGCGCAUCAUCGCGAUGGCAGUCCCCAGGGACACAAUCGCAAUCCCUAUCAUCAGGAGCUACUGACACUCACAAGAAGAUCUGUCGCUGUAUUCCCCAUGGAUGGUGUAUCACCAUUGGCUAGUGGCGGACUGUUUCCACACGGUGGUGGUAUGGAUAGAGGUACAUUACUCACGGAUUUGCACGAUAGCUUCAAGCCGGAAGCCUUUCAGGGAUUGUUCGGUGGUAAUUCGGCUCAACACAUUACCAAAAAACCAAAGAAGCACAGGGGUGAUGGUGAAUCGGCCAGAAGAUGGUCUGAGCACGGUAGGGGUAUGCCCAUUGGUAGGCCCAAAGGACAGCACAGUGCACCGAGGGGUGGACCACCUAGAUCUUGGACAAAUGCUGAGCUUACGGAAGCACUUCAGCACGUUUGGAACAAGAAGAUGACAACGUCGCAGGCUAGUCGGCUGUUUGGCAUACCGUACAACAGUCUUCUCAUGUAUGUCAGGGGAAAGUAUGGAAAGAGUCUCAAGCUCGAGCAACUCAGGAGAGACUGCACUGGUGCAUCUGGUGAAGUUAUGAACUCGUUGAAUAACAAUGUCAAGGCCAUUCAGCCACCGUCACAGAUGGGUCAUCCACUUGGUAUGCCACAUCCCGGUGAUGAGUCGUAUGGGCAUCAUCCUAUCGUUGGUGGUAAUUUACCACAGGGUUUUUUCCCUGAUUUUGGCGCUGCAUUUCCGGUUCCUGUUAGCAUGGUACAUCUUUUACCACCUAGUGAGCAAAAAGCUUUGGAGGGGGUGGGGGGUAGUGCAGGUGGUAACAGUGAUCUUGGACAACAGAGUCGGUCACCAUCGCCGAGUCAUGACAGUAUUCAACCACCGCAAUCAGCACCGGCGUUACUGCAGCAGAAUGGAUCGGAAUGAGAUAGGCUGAGGGCCAUGAGGGAUUAUCUUUAUUUGUAAUUGUCGACGUCCAUGUUUUUGUAUUAUUGGAGGGGUUGAGUGUUUUUUGGAUCUAAGACUGACUUUCUCGAUUACUUUUGCUGGCCAUUUCGAAAAAAUGACGGGGAGGAUUUCAAUCGGAUAUCUUUGGAUUAGGCUAUGAGGGGUGCUCUGCAGUGAGAGUAUUUGGGGAAUCCCCGAUUUUUUUUUGCGGGAGUUUUGAAAAUUUUGGGUUUUAAUGAGUGUUUUCGGGGGAAUUGAGUCAAAUGCUGAGGUUGAGAUCGGAAAUUUUCUUGGCUAUCGAUUGAGACGGGUCUGACAUUUGAGUUACAUCGACGGGAUUUUCUACGGUGCACCGAACACCGCAGGAUACUUUUUCCACUUUCACGGAGUGUAAUAACGAUAUAUCAGUGCUAUUAUUAUCGGAACGUUUUGUUUUAUUUUCAUUUUUUUUUUAUGGGAGAUACCAAACAUACCGAAUAACAAAGCCAGUUUCUCUCGUUCUAACAUCAAAGAUGGAGUUUAUUUUGUUCUCUUUCGUUUAUUUGAAAACUUUUUUUUUUCUUCAUUUCUCUUACUGUGAAUAGGAGAAAUAAUGUAUCCUUCACAUUCUUACGGUGGAUCAGCGCACAAGAAAGGAAACCCGGAAGGAAAACAAGAUGACUCUCUCCUUUUAAGAAUAUUUUUUUUUUCACUCAUUUUUUUUUUUCACCUUCUUUAGCGUUUUUUUUCUCCGCUACGGGAGAUGCAAACGGUUAAAUUGAAAGGGAACUUCUUGAAAAGGGGUGAGGGUGGGUCGUACAAUGCUUAAGAAUUUCGUUGAAUGAAAAAUGGAAGGAAAAACGCACCCCAUGACAUGAUUUUUACUCACUUCUCAUUCAUUUUUUCGACGGCAAAAGUUGAAAUGAGAAAACAAAAUAUGAGAAAAUUUAAAUUAAAACGAUAUUUCCCGCGAGAAUUAGCACGAAGAGGGUCAAGUGCAAUAAUCGCUGCAAUGUAAAAAAGUAUUUAAUUUUUCUUUUUUUUUUCUUUUUGUUCAAUUUUGUAAAUAAUUUUUGCAUAAUUUUACUGGACAUCUUUUGUGUAAAAAAUAAUUCAUGCAUUUUAAAAAGGUGAAGAAACAAAUUAUUUGGAGUGGAAUUUUUCCAAAGAAGUAGAAAACAUUUUAAUUAUGAUUUUUCUCUCGACGGAUAAUAAAUGAAGGAUAAAUAUACCAAAUAAUGAUGAUAAAAAAAAAUCGAAAACGCGAAAUCGCUUUAAUGAGUAAUUAAAAAAUGUGAAAAUGAGGUUAAUUAAUGGACAAUUUAAUUACAAAAUCGUAGACCACAGUUUGACGACUAAAUAAUUUUAAAAAAUAAUAAAUGAAUUAUAAAAAGUAAAAAAUGAUAAAUAAUACCAUUAUUUCGACAACCAGACGGAAGCGCAGGGUAAAUAACACAUCAGGGAUAGCCACAGACAAAUCUACGAUAGCUAAAAAUUGAGAAUGUGAAAGAAAACAAAUUGCAUAUUGAAAGAGGAAAUAAAAAAAAAACUUAUUAAACAGAGAAACGUAAUUCAUAAAUUAUUGGGCAGAGUAAACACUACGUUUUCUUUUUUUUUCGUUCGAGAGGGUUGGUACUGGGGGGUGGGGAGAUGUCAGGGCAUGAAACAAUAAAAAUUCGAGGGUUGGGAGGAAUAUGUGAGGUGACAGGCUUUCUCGGGAGCCAUUGGGGGGUUGGGCCUGUACAAUACAAACUGAUAUUAUUGAUUAUUAAUUAAUGGAAUUAUUGUGUGAACUGGGUGAUUGAAAAAUGGGUUUUCGGCAAUCUGGGGAAGAGUUGGAGAAUUUUUUUUUCAGGCGCUCAUUAGGGCGACUCGCUGGAAAGUGGUGACGCCAUUUUGAGGGCAAUGUCGACAAAAUGGCGGAUGGUGAGGGGAAUUUAGUAUUUGGUUUUUUGGGAAGUUUUUGGAGAGGUGUAAGCGAUUAAAUCAGUGGAAAAUUUGGAAGGGAAAUUUUGAAAUGCUAUUGACUGCCAUUUUGUUUUGUUCCUAGGUUAGAACAAUUUUGUGCAAUUGAUGAACAAUAUGGUGGGCCGUUCUGUUGACCUUGUAACCCUGAAAAAAAAUCAAUUCUCCAACGACUCUCCACCUAAAGAAAAAUUUAUUUACUUCACUCCGAACUGCGUUUCAAAAUGUGUGAAUGAUAACAAAAAAAAAAAAAAAAAUCUCGAAAAUGAACGCGAAAAAUCUCGCAAUCAAACUCAAUGGAGAUUUUUCACCAUAAACUAGACACACAUAUUGUGAUAGGCACCAUGUGCGGACUUCAGUAUUAUUUUGCAGUUAAAACGAAUGGGGAAAUGAAUUUAAAAAAAUGAAAAAAAAAAAAUAAUAAUAAA